AUGAUACUGGCUAAUGAACCUGUCGAAUUGGAUAAUAAACUGUCAGAAUGGUUGCCUGGAACGGGAACAUGGAGAAUAUGUUGGCGUGGCACCGAACAUGGUUUUGCAGCUCCGACAUUUCACGAGAAAUGCAACGAGAAAAAACCAAGUUUAGUGAUCGUUAAAGUUGUGACGGGUGCUAAAAGUUUGAUCUUUGGUGGCUAUUGUACUGAAACAUGGGCUGGAGGUAAGUUUGAAUAUAUUGCAAGGCAUUUUUUAAUACCAUGGACGAGUGGCAUUUUCCGGCCCCACUGGGCCCCUUUCUCUGCCCCAGCACUGAAUAAAAAAUGGCCUAUAUAUUGCCUCAAAGCCAGGACCCUAGGACAUGUAUUGAGUAAACGAGUUUAACAUUGAAAAGAAGGUUAAAAACACAUUUUUUGUUGAGCAUACUUAAACGUGAUGUAAAGCCCGUUCUGCGCAUACUUUCUGCGCAGGCCUACAUGUUGUUCAUAUUUCGUACCUUCCAAACUUUCGGCUUGAAUUGAAUCUCUUGUCUGUAUAUUAAUUACAAGCAUCGCGAACCAGAAGAGUGUUAAAAAUUCAGUAUAAUAUAUAUCUAAUCAUAUUUUACAACUGUAGCACCGAGUUCAAUAUGUAAACAAAUUAAAGCGUUUGAUUACAUUACGGACUUUACUGUAGUAUUAUGUAACAUACUUAAUUAUGCAUGCAUAACACUCUUGUAUACAAAUCUCUAGAUCGUUAUUAGUAUUAAAAAGUAUUAAAAAGUUCGAAGUAUUAAAAAGUUCGACUAACACUAUAUGGUGGAGGCGGUGGGAUACGACGAUUCGAAAUAUUUAGUACGCUAUUAACAGAGCUCAACGAGAAAGAAGAUAUAACUCAAGUAAACACUCUGAUUUAUACGAUGGGCGAUCAAGCGGAAGAUAUUCUGAAUUCGUUUAAGUUGAAUGCAACUCAGCUCAAAGAUUACAAGACAUUUAAAGAGAAAUUCGACUCGUACUUUGUUGUCAGAAGAAACGUAAUAUAUGAGCGUGCUAAGUUCAAUAGGAAAGCCACCUCGUACCCAGGCGCUUUGGUUUGUUUACGUCAUUAGCGCACGGGGACGGCACGCGAGGGAGAAAGAAUUCACAUUCAAAAUGGCGGGUAAGUGUUCUGCAAGUGUUCUGUAUUAUUUAUAUUAUUAUUGAAAUGACAUUGUUCACAGGAAAAUACGGGUUCGUACAUUGCCAUUACUCUUUAGAAUGCAAUAUUUAACUUAAACUUUUAAUUGUUUGCCUUGUUCAUACUCUUUUUAUAGCAUUAACUAUGCAGUCAUUACAGUGUCAUGAUUUUGCCGUUUUUGUUUUUGAGAUAUUUGUGGUUGAGAUACAUUUUUUAUUUAUUUGUCAAGAUUUGUCAAGUAUAACUUAGAGCCAUAUGGUUCGAACAUAGCCAUAUAUAUGUUUUGUUUAUAUUUUCAUUUUGACCUUAUAUUUUCAUUUUGAGCUUGGUGUUGUCGUGCGGGAUAUAUCGCUUUUUAUUACUCGCCAAUUCAUGCUUUGUUUGCAAAUCACUGGUUAUUUUGACCCUGGAUAUAUUUCUCGUCAUUUUAAUCAUUCUCAUCAUGUUUUAAAUCCAGUAUAAUGAACGUAAACGACUACUACACUCUACACUCUACAGAAGGACACGAACAUCUAUUGUUGUGACUGUUUACAAAUAUGAACUGUUUGCCGCCGCCUGGGCCGCCGCGUUCUUCGAGCCUCUUGAGCUAUAUUCUCAUGACUUUCAUCAUAUUGCAGUGAAAUUUGUGUGACAUAUUCAAUCCAUAAAGCGACUGAAACAACGAAGGCUACGUAGAUUACUCCAAAACUGUUUGAUAAUAUAUAUAUAUAUACACACAGAGUUUUGAGUUUACACCGACUAUGUGCAGUUUAAGUAAGCACAAUAUUCGCCCAAAUUUACAUUCAACAGUUAUUAUAUUGAAAGAUUAAUCAACGUCAUACAGUUUUCAAUCAAAAUUGGAAUUUCAACCCGCCAAAAAUCCACUUGAUCGAGUCCGCUCCAAAAAUCGAUAUCCGCUCCAGAAAUCGACACGGAUUGUGCCAGGCACCUCACCACGAAAUCAAUCAAAUUAAUCCACGCGGACCACCAUAGAACAACACAUAGCGCCUGGGUAAUGGCUGAUAGGAGAGUACAAAACGAACACGGAUCAGUCGAAGAAUUCAUAACCUCAGUAUACAUGUACGUGUUGGCUGAACAUUGUGAAUAUGGAGAUUUGCACGAGCAAAUGAUCCGUGACCGCAUUGUUGUUGGCUUAAUUUAAUCGGAUGCACAUGUAUCGCUAAAGCUUCAAAUUGACCCUGAUCUAACGUUAAAGAAAGCACAAGAUAUUGUUCGAGAAACUGACGCCGUCAAGAAGCAGCAAAGUGAACUGAGAAACAAAGCUGAUUAGCCAGUCAAUGGCGUAGAUUCUAUUCGUUCCGCAAAGCACAAGAAAUCGUGGCAAGAAGAGAACAACAAAGCUACAGGAAAAUCAAACAAGAAAGAUUUCCCUGGUAAACAAAGCUGUUUUCGAUGUGGAAAAAACCCAUCCCAUAUCAGAGAAAAAUGUCCUGCUAGAAAUUCCACGUGUAACAAGUGUUCUAAAGUUGGACAUUCGGCUAAAGUCUGCAGAACUAAAGUGGUCGCCGAGGUGGUCAAAGAAAACAGUGAUAAUGAUGCAAAUUAGGAAUCCCUAUCAUCCCAAAACAAUGCUCAGUGGAAAGCGAAUCUAAAAUUGGAUGGACAAGAAGUUCAAUUCAAGUUGCAGACUGGAGCUGAUGAAACUUGUAUUCCACUCCUCACGUACGAAAGCAAGAAAAGUAAGUUUCCUGCUCUGAAAAAGUCAAAGAAGAAGCUACAAUCUUGUGAUGGAAAGAAAUUAGGUAUCUAUAGAAAAUUCGCUGCAACAAUAGAAGCUGAUGAGAAAAUAACAGUACAAGAUGUGUAUGUUAUCAAAAGUUUAUAAUUACAUCAAGUCUUUUAAUUGGGUGGGCCAGCUAUACGUGCUCUGAAUCUACUCCAGAAAGCAAAGUUUGUCGAGACAGUAAAGACCUGCAGCGACGAAGCUGAGCCUAACAAAAAGUGGAAACGUCAGUCUCCAAAGCUAUUCAAAAGAAUCAAGAAUGAAUACACAAUCAAAUUGAAAUCAGAUGCUAAACUCCAUAUUGUUUACACGCCAAGAAAGAUAGCACAUCCUCGGUUACCUAAAGUUAAAAAUGAAGUGGACAGCUGGAUGGAGAAAAUGGGUGUCAUCUCGAAAAUUGGAACGCCCACAGAAUGGUGCUCUCAUAUGGUAGUGGUACCAAAAUCAAAUGGUUACAUCAGAAUUUGCCUUGACCCGUCCAAGUUAAAUGAAAGCAUUCUACGACAAGCGCACCACCUACCUAGUGUCGAUUAUACAUUGGCAAUGUUAGCUGGAUCGACAGUGUUCUCGAAGCUUGAUUGUAACUCUGGUUUUUGGCAAAUCCCAUUAUCAGAAGAAUCUGCUCCCAUAACUACAUUCAUAACCCAAUGGGGAAGAUAUCAUUUCAAUGUACUACCUUUUGGAAUAACACCAGCGUCAGAACAUUUUCCAAAACAGCUGGAGAUGAUCUUGAAAGAUUGUGAAGGGGUAUGUAUCGAGAUUGAUGAUAUUCCUGUUCAUGGAGAGGAUACUAAGGAGUAUGAUGAAAGAUUAAAGAAAGUUCUUCAAAAGCUCGAAGAAGAGAAUGUUACGUUGAAUGGCGACAAGUGUGAAUUCUCAAAACCUGAACUUUACUAUCCGGGUCAUGUGAUUAACGCUACAGGCAUCAAUGCGGAUCCAGAAAAAGUUCGUGCCAUCACAGAGAUGUCAUCGCCAAACAGCACCCAAGAGGCGAGGUGA